GAUCUCUUCCGCGGGACAUCCACGGUUCUCGAUGCUUGACCCGACACGAAACGCCUUCAACAGUUCAGUACACAGCAAAAGCUACAAAAACCAAAUUGUCAAUGUUUUCCACUCAAAAGAGCCGUCUCAAGAGAUUUCUAACAAGAGCCACCAGCGUUAAACACUUUAAAACGUCUGAAACCGUUUCUCCAACUAAACGUUGUGUUUCUGAACCAUCUUCAAAGUUUAAUCAAAAAAACCCAGCAAUCGAGUACGAAAGCAUUGUUCAAGAAAUUGUUUGUACCGAAUAUACCUAUUUACUGGAAUUACGGAGAAUAUUGAACGAAGUCAUCGGGCCCUUGGAGAGCCAAACUACGUGUAAGCGAUUAAAAUCUGUAUGUACGUGCUUACGGGCUCUUCACGAGCUUCAUACUUUGCUUUACAAGGAUAUGGUUUGUCAGGCGUCUCCGAUUAGUGCUCUCUCAAAAUCAUUACCCGUAUUUAGCGACAUUUACCACACGUACAUCAUAAACAUGGUCAUGGAUCCACUAUCAAUGAAACAAUACUUAAACACAAGCAAUAGAUUCAAUGAUCGUUUGCUCAUUCCGUUACAGCAUCUUCUUCGCUAUCCCAUGCUACUUGGUCGUCUGUACAAGUAUUGCAAGCGGUACCCUCAUCUCUGUUCGAACAUUACACUGCUUAAGCAAACUCUUACUAGCUUCCAGAAAUUGUGCACAUACAUGGACGAGGAAAAAGCCAGAGAAGAAAGCUACUUACUACUUUCAUUCCUGUGCAGAAACCACCAGGUCGCGCUCGAUAUCCCAAGAUGGGUUAUAUUUAAAGGUCCUGUUCCAACAUUACCGAGUACAGAAAAGACGGCAGAGAAGAAUUUACAAAAGGCUUGUGUGUUUUGCAACGAUGGACUACUUGUGUGGACAAACGAUGUAACCAUGCAGGAGAAUAUGAAGGCUUUGUCCAUUGAGCAAUGUCUGCAAGUUGAGGCGGCCAACACGACUCUUCACUUGCAAAGUAUCACCUUGCAUGGUCAGUUGGUAAACCAUUGCCUCGAACCAAAUACGCUUGCCGCAGCAGCCUUUGUCCGAUGGUACAAACAACGACAGCGAACUUGAGCGAUAACAUCGUCAAAACAGCGGCUGUAUAUCAUCUAUUGCGUCGAGUAUUACCACAUCAAACAAUCUACUUCAAAAUCAUAAAUUUUAAAAUUAACCACGAUCUACACAAAGUGAAACGAUAAAGAAUCAACAAGUGAUAUAGCUAGUCGAUCUGGACCGAAAGUUAUUUGCUAGGUGACGAUGGUUCAUUCAUUCAGAAUCGUUAAUGAUGCAAUGUGUCUUACCAAGGUAAUGUACUUUUAGGUGGAAUUCGUAUUGGCCUUGCGCUUCUUCCGCUUGUGUCGCUGAAAUGUUUCCUGUUCACUGUCAUCCUCAUUGUACUCGGUGAAGCUAGUGACAGAAUGUGUGCGGCCUUUGCACUUCUCCAAAUGCGCUGCAUAUCGGGAUGCAGCAAUCUGUCGUCCGCACCCCUCACAGUUAUAAUAUGGGACGGUGCUCGGCGUCUGAAUGGAAUUGGCGAAUAUAUCGAAACCCGACCGUGAACAGAAUUGCCGGCAGCGACUUUUGCAGGCAGGACACUCCUGCAAAGAAAGCUUAGCAGAUCGGUGGAACUGCUGUGCUAGUUCAUGCACCCAGUCACACAAAAGCUGUUCUAAAACGGAGCAUGACUACAUUAUAAAACACACAUGUCAGAAAUUGGCACAAUAAUUAUGCAAACACAAUCAUACAAGCUGAAAGCUUAGGCAUUCGUAAAAAAGCAGAGGCGCCAGACAAGGGCGAAAUUGCCUGCUUCAAGCAAAUACUGUUGUGUAUUUACUGCUGAUCAGUCACUAUUUCGGAUUUUCCUUCCGGCGCCAACAACCCUUACGUGAUGCCGUCACCAACUCAGCGGAACUAUACUUAGACAUAUAGAGCUACAUACAAGGCCUGCAAGGGACUGAGGGUGCAUUUGUCAUAUAAAAAAUCUACACGUUUGAGAAACGCAUGCAAUAGACCUCUUUAUCCUCUAUGUUGGAACAGUAGCCAACGGAAGAAAAUCGCCUGAGAAGGAAUUUAAAGCAGAAUAAGGAAUUCUUCUGUGAAAAAUUGUUUUCCGUUAUUGGACUAUGCCUUCUUUGGUGGUGAGUUUUUGGUGGAAGUGUUCCACCACCUCAUGCAAAAUUGUCCACACAAACAAAUAUAGAUAAAUAAAAUACGAUUUUGCAGCGUCAUUUACGAC